UCCAGUGGAAUUUGUCAGAUCUUUUGCAUCACUUUGUUUUGAAAAUAAAACACCCUACGUGGCAACGCACCAACACACUGAAGGAUCGACCUUUAUUUGAAAGGGAAGGCAUUUGUCGAAGCCACAGUGCUUCCCCUAGAGACCUCUGUGGGUUACAAUGCCUGUGCAAGCGCCGCAAUGGACGGAAUUCCUGCUGUGUCCCAUCUGCACCCAGUUGUUUGAGGAGAGUGUCCGCAAGCCCAUCAGCCUGGGCUGUGGACACACCGUCUGCAAAAUGUGCCUGAACAAGCUGCACCGCAAGGCCUGCCCCUUUGACCAGACAGCCAUCGCCACCGACAUCGAGCUGCUGCCUCUCAACACUGCCCUACUGCAGCUGGUGGGAGGACAGAUCCAGAAGCUACUUGAGGCCCAAGGGAAAGGAGAGAGCUCCUCUCCAUCCACUGAGCAGGCAGCCAUCCAGACACAGACCUCCCCAGGACAACAGACCAAGAGAAGUGUUAGCAUCGCUGUUGGCACAGGUGCUAGUCUGUUCUGGGGCGUCCCUGUCGAUGCCCCUGCUCGCGAUGAGGAGCGCCCACAGCCAGAGUGGCACACCGACACAGUGCCUGGCGCUCCCGAUGGCAGCAGGGCCUCCUCUAGUCGGAGCUCUGGCAGUGCCAGCCUUACCCACAGCAGUCACAUAGAUGGCUCGGAAGAAGAGAGCGGGGUCAGAGAGAGACGGGUGUCAGGCACACCAUCCAACCAGUCAACGCACCAGAGGACUCAGUCAGCAUUUGGAGACUGUUCUUUCCAGAGUCCAGUGUUGGGGGAGAGUGCCAGCAUGUACUACCAGUCCCAGUCUCCACAGAGGGACGGCACCAAGAGUCAGGAGCCCAGGGCGGUGGAGGACGAUCAGCGGUUUUAUCAGGAUCUACUGGGCCAAGUGAACAGCCGUCUCCAGGGAUCAGUGAACGAGGAGGUCAAAGAGGAAGAAGAUCGAAGCACCUCGUACACACUGCGAGAGAGACACAGCUUGUCCCCUAGACAAGUGUCCCACUGUCAGUCCCAGCAGUCAUCCCCUAGCCCUGUUCCCGUCAGCUCCCGGAGGCCGGAGCCCAAAGUAGAGCAGCAGCCAGGAGGAAGGGACCAGGUGCUCCACGCCACGCUGCGCCAGCUGCAGCAGCUAGGGGUCAACGUGGACCUGGACUCUGCCGACCCGGGGGGCAAGACCACGCGCAGCUCUGUAGAGAGUGCCAGUACCCUGGCCGGCAUCAACCCAGAGGCGGUCAUCAGCAGACUGACCCUCCCAGAGUCGAUGGGGACCAGCAUGUGGGGCGGCAGCGUGGACCUCAGCCUGGAGGCCAACGCCAUCGCCCUCCGAUACCUAAGCGACCAGCAGCUCUCCAGGCUCUCUGUAGGGGGAGGGCAACAGCCCCCCGGGGCCCGUCCCAGGUUCAGCCCCUGCACACUGCUCUCAGAGAAGCCCCCAACGGAGAAGAGCGCCAUGGGACAGAGCAGUAUUCUGUCUCCGAACAACAUGUCUUUAGCCACCCGCAAGUACAUGAAGAGAUACGGGCUGAUAGAGGAGGGGAGCGGGAGUGAGGAGGAGGAGAGGGCCGAGGGGGAGCAAUCGGAGAUGGGAUACACUGUACAGUUCCAUGUUCAACCGGAACAAGAAGGACUAGGAGAGUGGGAGCACAAAGGUUUGGUUCUGAAAAACAUCACAAACGAGUUGCCCCACUCCGACCCUGUCCACCCCCAGGCACUGCAUGCAGACUCUCAAAGCCAGCUACUCAGAGACUUGCGUCCUAAAAUGCAGCUUUUGGCCCGCGGCGCCAAACACAGUUUGGAGAAGGAGAAUGGCGCCAAACAGCGGCCAUCUUUUGGAAAAACUCUUCUAAAGGACCAUGGGAACUAA